AUGAUUGGUUCCAAACCAAGCCCAAUCGGCGACGGGUUUGACGAGAAGUUCGACGUCCUCGCCCAUGGAUUGAAAACCGUUAUGGGGGCGUACACCCCUAAGCCGUUGGCCCAAACAGCUGGCAUUUCGUAUGGAUUGUUUCUAGAUUACGCGUUCCUUGAGUUUCAAAAGCCUGCCGUGUCGUUUGAAAUUAUCGGCGAUGAUUUUGUCGUGGACGUGACGACCAUCAAGACACGUGGCCUCGAAGUGUACAAAGGUAUCAACCAAUUCGCCAAGGAAGUCACCGUGUUCAAUGAUGGAGACGUCACGCCCACCAAGCCGUCUUGUGGUGAUUAG